AUUUGAUAUAACCUAUCCGUUUGAUUAAAGUUUCAUUACAAAGUAAUUAUUGACAGAGCUUGAUUUAAAGUUCUUUUUAUAGAAGAGUUUGAUGUUUCAUAGAAUUAAUUUAAAGAAGGGGAUUGAGACUGACAAUUUACUAACUUCAUGAAAUUGAUAUUUUCAAUUUCAAUUUCACCCUACUUAUGUCUAGUUUUAUAUACCAGAAAAUAAAUCAAGAUGAUUGCGAUGAGUUUGCAUUUGAUUAUUUAAAAGGUAAUUUUUUAAUUUAAACGCCUAAAAAUUUCCAAGUUCCUUGUGCUCAAUACAUUUGCAGAGGAGUUGCCGAAUGACUGGAUGAAACUUGCGCAUUCCUUGAAAAUCAGUAGUGAAGAAAUAGAUAGAGUUUUACAUAAAUACGAGACAGCUCGAGAACAAAUUUUUGAAGUUUUUAAUAGCUGGUGAAGAAAAAAUCCAGAAAAAACAUGGGGCGAUCUAAAAUCUGGAUUGAUAUUAUGUCAACGAAAUGAUGUUAUCUUUAAAUGCGAAAUAAAAUUAAACGCACGUUCAAUAUUUGGUGUUCAACCGUCUUCUGAAGAGUUAUUUUUACGUAACAAGGAACUUAGUGAAAUUCAUAGUUAUUUAUUUGACUUAAAAGAUGCAAAAAAUUCUACCUUUGUGUUGUAUGGAAUGUCUGGUGUCGGAAAAACACAGCUUGCAAAAAAAUAUUGUGAAAUAUAUUGUAAGUGCUAUAAAAAUUUUGUUUGGAUAGAUGCGUCGUUUGGAAAGUUACAAACCUCAAUGAAUAAUAUUUAUCAAAAAUUAGGAAAUACAGUUCAAAAUUUAAAAAGUGAAUAUUUCAAUAUAGAAGUAAUUGUUGAAAAAAUUCACAACUUUUAUAAAAAUGAAAAGACUUUGUAUAUUUUUGACAAUGUCGGCGAUGACUUAGUUGAAAAUUUAGAAUUGUACAUUUCAAAGAAGCCGAAUUCAUUUAGUUUGAUUACAUCUCAAUCAAUAAAGUGGUCAAAUAAUGUAAAUAAAAUGCUAAUUGACGUUUUUUCUUUUAAAGAUGCCUUAGCUUAUGUAAAAAAUAAUAUCAAAGAAAAAACCUACACAAACCUAAAAAGCCUCAUUGAAGAACUUGGUUAUCAUCCGUUUGCUAUUAUUCAGGCAACAAAGUAUAUAAAUAUGCAUAAAGUUUCGAUUGAAAAAUAUAUAGGUCAAUACAGAUCAAAAUCUUUACAAUUACUAAAAGACGAAAACUUCCCAGCCGAAGAAGGAUCGAAUUCAGCAAUAAAAGCAAUAAAUAUACUUUUAAAAAAAUUAGAAAAAACUCAAACUACUCCAUUAAAAAUACUAAACUGCUUAUCUCAUUGCGAUGGUCAAAACAUAAGUAAAAAAUUUAUUGUCGAAAUAUCACAGCGAUUGAAUGUAAGCGAAGAAUACCUAAUAGAUGAAGCUAUUGAGUUGUUGAUGAGUUAUUCCUUACUAAAUAGAUUUAAUGAUGAAAAGUUUUCAAUGCACGAUCUGACGCAGUUAUCGUGUAUAUAUUUUCAAAGUAAAAAUUUAAGUAUAAAUACGUAUUUCGAUCUAAUCGAAAAUUAUAUCAAACUCGAGUUAAAUAAAGUAAAAAAUCAAGUUGAUUAUGGAAACCAUUUUGUUUUUCAUUUUCUCUACUUGUUUCGUAAUUACAGAAAAAGAAUGUUAAACACUUUCCAUCAUAUGACAACUUCUAUUAAAAAAUUAUUAGUAUGUAAAGGUUUGUUUCAACAAGCAAUUGAAAUAUUUAAUGCUGUUCAAAAUUUCAAUGCAGAAACCUAUGGAGAAAACGAUAAACUUACACUUAAUACUAAGCAUAAUAUGGCAUACUGUUUGUAUAAAAUGAGAAAAUAUAACGAAGCUUUAGAAAUUUUAUACUCAGUUGAUAAAAAACUUACUGAAAUUUCAGGUAUCAACCAUCCAUCUACAAUGACAAUAAAACAUAAUAUUGCAAGCUGUUUGCAUAAAAUGAAAAAUUAUGAGAAUGCUUUAGAAAUUUAUUAUGCUGUUAAUAAAAGAAAAACUGAAAUAUUCGGUGGUAACCAUCCAUCUACUAUUGCAACAAAACAUAAUAUCGCUCGCUGUUUGUAUGAAAUGAGAAAAUAUAAUGAAGCUUUAGAAGUUCUAUAUUCUGUUGAAAAAAUAAAAUCUGAAAAUUUAGAUAUCAAUCAUCCAUUUACAAUGACAACAAAAAAUAACAUUGCACUCUGUUUGCACAAAAUGGGAAAAUAUAACGAAGCUUUCGAAAUUUUUAAUUCUGUUCAUAAAAGAAAAUCUGAAGUUUUAGGUAUGAAGCAUCAAUCUACAAUGACAACAAAACGUAAUAUCGCAAGCUGUUUGCGCAAAAUGGGAAAAUGUAGCGAAGCCUUAGAAAUUUAUUAUUCUGUUGAUAAAGUACUAACUGAAAUUUUAGACAUCAACCAUACAUCUAAAAUGGCAACAAAACAUAAUAUAGCACUUUGUUUGCACCAGAUAGGAAAUUAUAGUAAAGCUUUAGAAAUUUAUUAUUCUAUUGAUGCAAUACUAACUGAAAUUUUAGACAUGAAGCAUCCAUCUAUAGUAACAACAAAACAUAAUAUUGCAAGCUGUUUGCAAAAAAUGGGAAAAAAUAACGAAGCUUUAAAAAUUUAUCAUUUUGUUAAUGAAAUACAAAAUGAAAGUUUAGGUAUUAACCAUCAAAAAACAAUUACAACCAAACGUAAUAUUGCAAGCUGUUUGCGCAAAACAGGAAAAUAUAACGAAUCUUUAGAAAUUUCUUUUUCUGUUUAUAAAAUACCAACUCAAAUUUUAGGCGUUAACCAUCCAUCUACAAUGACAAUAAAACAUGAUAUCGCACUCUGUUUGCAAAAAAUUGGUAGAUAUAACGAUUCUUUAGAAAUGUAUUAUUCUGUUGAUAAAAUGCGAACUGAAAUUUUAGGUAUGAAACAUCUUUCUACAAUGACAACAAAACAUAAUAUUGGAAGCUGUUUGCGCAAAAUGGGAAAGUAUAACGAAGCUUUAGAAAUUUUUAAUUCUGUUCAUAAAACAAAAUCUGAAGUUUUAGGUAUGAAACAUCAAUCUACAAUGGCAACAAAACGUAAUAUUGCAAGCUGUUUGCGCAAAAUGGGAAAAUGGAGGGAAGCCUAUGAAAUUUAUUAUUCUGUUGAUAAAAUACUAACUGAAACUUUAGGUAUAAAACAUCCGUCUACAAUGACAACAAAACAUAAUAUUGCACUCUGUUUGCUCAAAGAUGGAAAAUAUAGCGAAUCUUUUAAACUUUAUAAUUAUGUUCAUAAAAUAAGAACUGAAAUUUUAGGUGUCAACUAUCCAUCUACAAUGAUAACUCAACAUAAUAUUGCAAACUGUUUGCAAAAAAUGGGAAAAUCUUACGAGGCUGUUGAAAUUUAUUAUUCUGUUGAUAAAGUGUUCAAUCAAACUUUAGGUCUUAACCAUCCAUCUACAAUGACAACAAAACAUAAUAUUGCACUUUGCCUGGCGGGAACGGUAAUAAGAUUUUAGAAACAAGAUUUUAGAAGGAAGUGGGAAUAAUAACAAGAUUUUAGAAACUUAAUAUUAUUUUGAUAAAAUACGAACCAAACUUUUAGGUGUCAACCAUCUGUCCAGAAUGAUAACAAAAUAUAGCACUUAGUCUGCACAAAAUAAAAACCUAUAACGAAGCUUUAGACGUUUAUUAUUUUGUUAAGUAAAUACGAACUGAAAUUUUAGGUACCAAUUAUCUAUCUAGAAUUACAACAAAAACUAGUAUCGCACUCUAUGCAUAUGAAAAAAAACUUAAAAAAAGGAAGUUGUUGGUCACCUUUAUAUUGUUAACUAUAAAAAGCUUAGAUUCUAUAAACUGUAUCUAUUAUUAACUGUGAUAUUGUUUUAUAGUUUUAAUGCAAUUUUAUUAAAUAAAUGCGAACAUUUUAUUUUUAUAUAAUGCACACUCAUACACACACAUGCUUAUAUUAA